AUGGGGAGCUUAGGUCACCUGUUGAUUUGGAGUGCCUUUAUAAACAUGGGUCACUUCCAUUUCGGAUACCUCAUACAUAUGAUGAGCAUUCUCUGGGAUUUUACUCCCUGAAUAUAUGGGUUCCAUCCACGAAAUAUCAGAACUGUCAACGUAAUCGCCAAUUUCAUAUUUCUGAUCAUGGCUGCGAUCAGCUCGGCAUUUUCAUGGAAGUUUGCCAGAUUUGGGAAAAGAAAAGCCCUGAUAAUUUCCUCUAUUAUUAUUUUCAUUGGAAGUUCUCUUCUUUACAUUAGAUCACUAUCUGCAAUGAUCAUUGGAAGAGGAAUCGUUGGUUUUGGUUUUGGCAUUUCAAGUGUUGUAGGGCCUCUUUUCAUUAAUGAAAUUGCUGGGUCAAAAUAUAUUGAAUAUUGCAUUGCUACUAUACAAUUCUGGAUUAAUAUUGGAUUUUUAAUUCCAUCAUUAUUGGAUUUCUCACUACCAAGAGAAGGUAGGAUUAAUCCUAGUAAUCCUGAAAAUUGCCUGAACUUUGAAGGAUUCCAUUUUAUAUGGAGAGAAAUGAUCAUUCCAAUAACUCUAGCUUCUGUGAUCCAAUUCGUUUUCCUUUUACUGGUGUUCAAAAAGGAAAAUCCUAUCUAUGUUCAACACUGAAAAGAUAUCUCUCAUUCUUUAGGAGCAGCUACGAGGGAGUCAACUCAAGAGUUGUAUCACUCUGGGAUUAAUUACGAGGAGGACUCCCAGCAAUCUUCUGCAAAAGUAGAAACAUGCUUGGAAAAAGACACUUGGAAGAACAUGUGGAAGCUUUCUGAAAGGAAAUAAGAUCAUAGCUUCUAUGAUUGUCAGAGGAUUUCAACAGCUUACUGGAAUGAAUGUCAUUCUAAAUUAUGGGCUUACGUUUAUAUAUGAUACAAGAUUCCCAAGAAUCAGCCUUUCAUUUUCAGGGUCAGUAACCUCAAUGUUUUUCCUGAUUCCAUCAGUCUACUUGCUCAAGAAAUUUGGAAGAAAAUAGCCUAAUGAUGACUGGAAUGAUCAUGGCUUGUUUCAGCUGAUGAAUUUUAUUCCAAAUGGCAGACCAGUUGGCUAUUGUUGACCAUUUUAUUCCAAUCUUCGGAUCAAUGCCGAACUUGACCACUACAAUAUUCGUGUGGGUUUUUACUAUUUCAUUCUGGCUGAACCUCGCUUCAACCCCCGUGCUCUACUGCACGGAGACACUAACAGACAAGGGGAUGUCUAUUGUUACUGCUUUUCACUGGAGCCUAGUGACCUUCGUUAUCCUUCUUCCCUCUCUAGCUAUGGCUAUUUUUGAACAACUCUACAGUAAUGCGAAUUUCAGAAGUACAAACGCAUUCUUCUUUUUCCUCUUCAGUGGAACAGCAAUGAUAGGUUUCUUCUGUACGGCCCUAUUCGUCGUUGAGACUAAGGGUAAGUCCAAACGUCAACUCUCUGAAGACUUCAAAGAGCGAGUGUUUAGCUUACGGAGUUCUAAGAUUUAUAAGAAUUAAG